GCGUUGCUCGUUGCGCCUCGGUCAAUCCGCGAGCAGUAUGGCGCUACGCGCUCCGGCACGGCAACGUACGUAGCGGUGCCGUCACCCUCGUUCACCGUGUCCGUCCACAGUCGCGUCGGCUUGCCGACGCGUCCCUGGCGCGGGGUGAAAUCCGCGCGCGAAUUACGAUUGUCGAUAAUGCGCGAUUGGAUCGUGCGUCCCACAUUCCGGGGUAAAGCGAGAUUGUAGAAAGACACGAUCAGUGAGGAAGAGCGAGAGAGAGAGAGGGAAAGAGAGAGAAAUUAGAGAAAGAUCGAAGUGACGAAAAGAGCUCGAGACAUUUUCAGGGGGUGGCAAACGAGUGACGGCGGUCUCACCGCGUUGAUAUGCAACCGCAUGCAUCGCGUCGGACCCGACGGCGGUCUUGGACGACGACCGGGUAAUAUAGCGCGCGCAGCGCGUUGUAGUAUAACGAAAGGCUUCCCUCCGCGCCGCGCGGUGUACAAUAAAGGGUGGUGAUCGAGAAUGACGGUCCCAUCGGCGAUCAACAGCACCAACGGUACCGGCGACAACGUCACGACCACGUUCGACGAGAAGACAACGACGUCUCAGGUAACCAAGACGAUACAGACAACAGCGGCGAGUUCACGGAUUGGUCGCACGUGUCCAGGCGCCGCUUAGGACAGCGAUGUGAGAGGGUUGCGAACUCUGUCGCACAGAACAGUCACCACAGAGACUCAGAGGAAAGCGCGAAGAGAGGGCAAGCAGUUAGCGGGGAGUUGCACCCAGCUGAUCGCCGACGAGCGCGACGGGACGCGCGCGCGGCAUGCCUCUCGUUAAUUAAGACCGCGUGCUUUCCGUCUCCUCUUGCUUAGUACACCCCCGAACAACCGCUGCAUCGGACCGCGAGAUAGAGCGGCUACGUCUGCAAGAUGGCAUGCCCAUUCUCCGGUGGACGCUUCAAGGUUCAGGUCACCAGGAACGACAGCAGCAAGGAUGGAGAUCAGGUUCGCAAGUUCUCCCGGAUCCGACAGGACGAGGGCGACAAGCCGUUACGACAAUCGUCGGUUCAGAUCACGUCGUCGCUGCUGGGAGAGGACGGCGACGACCUCGAGGACACACAGACGCUCAACCUGAAACACCUAAGAGCCGCGGUCACCCUCCUGACUAACCCUUUGAACGAGGUGGUGGCUGUGGCGCUAGAAGCUCUAUUAAAUAAACAUGAGAUACCUCUUCCAACAUCGGCAAUGUCAUCUUUAGAAAAACUUCUAAGUAACGCUGAGGAAGAGGAGAACUAUAAUUUACUGGAGGACAUUUACGAGACCCUGAAUUACGAUUGCGACGUCGACGUGAACGCGUUCUUCGAUCACCUCGGCCAGGAGGUGAUCGCGUGGGCUUGCGUGGGUCUCUUGGAGCGGGCCUUUCGUUGCCUUGGGAACGAUCUCACCGCCUUCCUGACCACGCUCGACGGUGUGAACGACGUUGUCCAGCAUCAGUCCGGCUCGGAAGCUGAGGCCGAGUUUGUGUGUAUCGCCACGCCGGAAGCACUGGAGCUACACUUCACCACCGACCACCCCUCCAUAGCCUAUCUGCUGGUCGGCAGUCUAAAGGGUAUCGCCAGGCAGUUCUAUAAUGAUCAAGCCGACGUGUAUAUCCUGCCGGAUCCUUACAACACGAAGUUUUUUAGAUACCGCAUCACUCCGGAGCGUUACAGCGAACGACCGGAUGUGGCCGACGCAAAUGACGACUCUGACGUGCUGUCGUCCGCCUUCCGUCCACUCUCCGCCGAGGCAACGGAUCUCCGUAUGGGGGUAGCGAGCUUCUGCAAGGCGUUCCCGUGGCACUUCGUGGUCGAUCGUCAGCUGGAGCUCGUGCAGCUCGGCGUCGGUUUCAUGAGGAUCUUCGGCCACCACCUGAACCGCCACGGCCGCGAGAUAUCCACGUAUUUCGCCUUCACGCGGCCCCACGGGGUCACUUUGACCUUCCACGAGAUCCUGAAACGAGCGAAUACGCCGUUCAUCCUGACCCUCCAGAGGCCCCACGGCAUCGACAAAUAUCCCGCGGAGGGCCUGGAGAUGAAGGGUCAGAUGGUACAUUGUCCAGAGUCGGACUCGAUUCUGUUCGUGAGUUCGCCGUUCUUGAACGGUCUGGAGGGCUUAACAGGUCGAGGACUCUUCAUUUCUGAUAUUCCACUUCACGACGCUACGAGGGACGUCAUACUCGUCGGCGAGCAAGCCAGAGCACAGGACGGCUUAAGGAGACGUAUGGACAAAUUGAAGAGCUCCAUAGAAGAAGCCAACUUGGCGGUCGAUGCGGAACGGGAAAAGAAUGUCAGCCUUCUACAUCUCAUAUUUCCACCGGAUAUUGCGAAGCGCCUGUGGCUGGGAGAGACUAUCGAGGCGAAGACAUAUCCGGACGUGACGAUGCUGUUCAGCGACAUAGUUGGGUUCACAGCCAUCUGUGCUACCGCGACACCAAUGAUGGUCAUCAAUAUGCUACAAAAUCUUUACGAGCAAUUUGAUAUCUUCUGCGGUCAGUUAGAUGUGUACAAGGUAGAAACGAUUGGCGAUGCCUAUUGCGUUGCAUGCGGCCUUCAUCGUAAUACCAAUACACACGCGCAACAAAUUGCUUGGAUGGGCCUAAAGAUGAUACAGACGUGCUCUCAUCACUUGACUCACGAAGGCAAGCCAAUAAAGAUGCGCAUCGGCAUUCACACGGGGAUGGUGUUGGCGGGGGUCGUCGGCAAGAAGAUGCCCCGAUACUGUCUCUUCGGGCAUAACGUCACGCUGGCGAACAGAUUCGAGUCAACGAGCGAGCCGCUUCGCGUCAACGUUAGCCCGACUACGUACCUGUGCUUAAUACAAAGAUCGGGAUUCAUACUGGAACCGCGGACCAAGGACAAUCUACCCAAGGGGUUGCCGGCCAGCGUGUCGGGCACGUGUUACUUCCUGAAUGGGUACCAGCAUGACGACGUCGACGCGGGUGAGCCCCUCAAUGUGCACAUCCAGGCCGCAAUCACGGAGCUCGGAAUCAGUAGUAAUAUGUAGAUGGCUGCUGAGAGGUCCGCACCGCGCACCGACGAAGCCGCAUCGCUGAUCAUGUGUGUUUAAUGAUGUUAGCGUCGAUAAUAGGGCGACGCCGCACCCGACAUUACGAUACGACAGAUCGAUGUACGUGAGCUCUCAAGCUGGCACUAAAGGCUACAUUAAGGGCAUGGCGCUAAUUGUACGAAUGCAAUCGCGAAUGAGACCUUGCGCGGAUAUACUAUUUAUACGCAGAGUCUUAGAUUGUAAUCAUUAUAUACUUAUUAAAAUAUAAGAGCAAAGUAAAACACUCCA